GGUUGGUUUUACGGUAUAUAAAAAGUGUAAUCUAGUAUAAUAAAAUCACAAUGGCAGAUUCUAGCGUACAAGACUUUGUGAUGGCAAACUGGCCCGCUCUUGGUUCAAUCGUGUUGCCCAACGUGGGUGGAUGGGUCAACGGCCUGUACUUCGCUGGCCAGGUCCGCAAGGAUGGCAAUGAGAAGGCAUGGUACGAUGGCCUGAAGAAACCAAGCUGGAACCCACCCAAAAAGAGACGGCAUCAUAUAUUAAUGUGCUUUAAUGUGUUUACAGAUGAAGCAGUGUUGCCCCUGACGCUGUAUGGAGGUCAGCUGCUCCUCAACUGGGCGUGGACCCCAAUCUUCUUCGGAUUGAAGGACUUCAAACUGGCCUUCAUCGAGAUCACAGUACUGUCAGGAGCUGCCCUAGCAACGACCCUGUCCUUCUUCCCUAUCAGCCACAAGGCUGGUUUCCUGAUGCUGCCGUACCUGGCAUGGCUGGGCUAUGCCAGCUCCCUCUCUUACUACAUCUGGAAGAACAACCCUAAGGUUGAAGUCCGCGAGAUCAAGGAUGAGAAGGCGCAGUGAAGAACAGACAUCAUCAACAAAGACGCUUAAUAAAUAACUUAAUUAAUAUUUCCUUAAGUCGACGAACAAAUAUGUGUUCUUAGUUUUAGAUGCAUAUUUCACGCAAUAAGUGCAAUUUCAUUAUUUUCUAAGUAAUUUUUAGGGUAAGGUAAUGGGUAAGCUGAGACAGUGAAUUAGACCAAAGUUAUUGCAAGAAUGAGAAGCAUAAGAAUUAAUAAUGCGGCCUGACAGUUCAUAGAAUACGGCCUGUUGGUGCAUAAUAGGGCCUGACAGUACACAACAUAUUUUAGUAAGGCCUAAUAUGACCAGAGUAUAGACCGGCCACACCGAGCUUAUUACGGCCUGAUAGUCAUCAACACAAUAGCACAGCUAUGCAUAAAACACCAGUUGCAAAACUGCAAAAUAGUACAUAAUGCAGCUUGAUAGGGCCUAAUGCGGCCCGAUAGAGCUUAAUGCGGCCUGAUAGUGCUAAAGACGGCCCAAUAGAAUCAAAACGGCCUUUUCAAUUUGACAUAGACAAGCAAAUUCCCACAAAAGAAAAUAAAACCUGUAAAGUAUUUGUGUUCUAAAGUAUUAAACUGUCUGUGAAGGUUUCUAUACUAGUUUGUUGUCUCAAAAUAAUGUACUGAACUGUUGUAAACAAUAAAUAAUACAACUUUGAUAAUAACUUUUGUCUUCUUAACAGUAUUUAUUAUUGCAUUUAUAUUAAUGUUUCUUAGAUAUUUUGAAAACAUAAUAAAUAAAUAUAUAACCUCUAUUGUAUGUAAAAUUAAUAAAAGUACAGUUUUUCUAAAAUAUUUGUUUAUUUUUUUACUAUUAUAUCAAGUAGGUAUAAUUUUGUGGGUAUUUUUGCCGAGUAAUAAAAUGUAUUUUAUUCUACAUGGUGCUUAGUAUAGUACUCAAAUAUAGAUAUUUAUGUAUAGAAUUUCUCAAUAAAAUUCAAAUAUAGCGUUAUUAUCAUUUUACAUGUAAAAAUACCCACAAAAUUUGUAUUUUCUACAUCUGCCCUCAAUAAUUUUGCAGGAACAAAGUUGUUUUUAUUUAUCUGUAUUUUAGAUAUAAGUGGAAAGUGACCUUGGAAGCACAAUUAUAUAUUAUUUAUUUUAUAUAUUUAUUAUUAUACGCAUUCCUCGAUGGCAUUUAAUAUAUUUCGAUAAUUGAAACCAAAAAGAAAGUGUCUAGUAAUAUCAUCUGAAAAGUGCACUUUUUUGUGUAAAAUGUAACUCUAUGUAGAUUAUUCGAAUAUUUAUUGUUUGGAAAUUGUUGUCUAUCAAUAAAUCAUUUAAAUGUAUAUCUCGUU